UGUGAGGCCCACCUGGACGGAAUUGAAGUGAAUGAGGUGGACAUGUGCCUCAAAGUUGAAGCGUCCGCAACUGUAAAAUUAAAUACAGGUUCAACUGAAUCUCAACAAUGCAAAGCAAAAAGGGACAAGUUGGGGAGAAAAAUAUCAUUCUCCAGCCACUUUAACGACAGGUUUACAGAAGUAAGAGGAGGUCGGACAACAGAACCAGACCUCAUCUUCUCUGCCAACAAAAAUCCAUCAGCCUACAAGGAAUGGCUGAACUCUGUGCCACAAAAUCCCGACAUAAUUUCGUAUUCCUUGGAUUCCCUCCAUUUGUUAAUCCCUAAGAGUAACCAUAUGAGAGAAAACCUGCGCUAUGCUAUUAGCCAUUACAUCCUGGAGAAAGGCCUGUUGAAGAGCUGCACUGGUCCCUGUAAGGCAGGUAUCAAGAGCAGUUCAAGAGAACCCUGUGUCUGCCAGUGCCACAAUAACCCUGCUGUGACCUCAGACUGCUGCCCAGCUGAGAGGGGCAAGGCCCGCGUUAUCAUCACUGCAUUACGAGCUACUAACCUAUGGGGAGAUACUACCACUGCCACAGACGCCUAUGUGAAAGUGUUUUUUGGUAAACUGGUCGGUCGUGCUCCUGUCAUCCUCAACAAUGACAACCCAGUGUGGAAGAUGCCUCUUGACCUCGGAACCCUGGUUCUGUCUGACAUAUCUAAACUGAAGUUUGAAGUUUGGGAUGAAGAUAACACAUGGAAUGAUGACCUGCUUGGAAAAUGUGAGCGAGAUCUGACAGCAGGCAUCAACAGUGGUAUGUGCAACCUCAAUAAUGGGGAGUUAUUCUUUAAUUGGAAAGUAGAAUGUGCUCCAAAUCUGGGUGGUCGUUACUGCCAGAAUUACCAAAGCAGUCCAAUGAAUGAAGACCUGAAGGGGCUGUACAGGUCCAGGCACUCCCGUCCUAUUCCCAAAUACUUCCUCCAACAGAUGGGUGUGUUUGUGAACAAAUCCACUUCAAGGAAAAGCCAGAAUCUCAUGAAGAUCUUUGACGUCAACAAGCAUUCCAACUCUAGCGAAGAGAAUUUCCUUUAAACCGGAUCAGUAUUCAUCAUUUUUUUCACAUGGCAAGAUUAAUGGUCAAGUAUUCUGCAUGUUUUCUGCAGCUUUUAUACAUUUAUUGAGCUUGAUGAAACUUAAAUUUUUUUGUUCGUUAGCAUUUAUAAUUUGAUUGAAAAUGGAAAGAUUUGCAUCACUAGAAAGAUUUUUUAAAAUUAUGCUCCUAUCUUGCUCUUUCUUUAACUUUCACCGCUUCUCAGCAAAUGAUUCCAGAGGGGUUC